AUGGAGUCCCUCAGAUCUGUCAUGUCCGCGCUUGCGGCCUACAAGCCACGCUGGCUGGGGGGUAGCCAAGCAGCUGAGGAGAGCGAGUGGAGACCCGGUACCAGGCUCGUGCCUAGCGGAAACACUGCAAGUCCUGAUUUGACGUCCGGGCCAUCUUCGCCAUCGGAUCCACCUCCGUUUUUAGGCGGUUCGCCGCCGCGCCCGACAGGUUCGCCGGGCGUCGGUCUCGUGGUGGGCGGUCUCGAGCCUUCCGUGCAGGUGGAGGCGACGUCAGACGAUAGGGGCUACCGGUACACGGUCAACUCCGUGGAUACCAAAAGCUCUGCAAGUCGGUGCGUGCGGAAGCCGUCUGCGGAGGCAGCUCCCGAGGGCGCUCUCUCGGAUGCUCCGCAAAAUCCGACUUCUGCGUCGCUCUGGGAUCGUCUCUUGUGCACACCAAGGAUCUUCCCGUCGCCUGCCUCGUCUUCGCCCCAGACUCUCUCUGUCGGCGGCUCACCCGACGCGUCGCCUGUCUCUGCAGGCGGUGCGGGCCGAUCUGUGGUGGCCUCUCGGCACUAUUUCGCAGCGCGCGUGGUCAGCUUGGACUUCUCUAGAGCCAGAGGAGGGGGGAACGACGGCCAAGACGCGAACAGUCAUCAGAGACUGGCGGCGACGUGCUGUCAUCUGGCGCCGGGGGGGGGCGUCUCCACACUACGCAAUGCACAGGAAGCGCAUCCGCCAUCGUCUUCCCUGUGCUUCCCUUCCUCCUCGUCUUGCCUCCCGACCUGCGCCUCCAGAACUGAUUUUGUCUCGGCUUUCGCCGCGAGCGAGAACGGGGUCGGUCUCGUCGGUGCCAGUGCCGCUGCUCUUCGAGAGAGAGAGUCGCAAGCCAGAGCACAGGCGCGAACAUUCUACGCAGCGACACUUGAGGCGGCGGUCAUGGGCUACAGCUAUCAGCCAUUGAACGCUGAGCAGGAGAGAGUGAAAGCCAGAGUCUGCCUGCCUGAUUUGGGUGCGGAGGCAUUCGACUACCCUCUUCCCCCCGCCAUUCUGUAUCAAAGUCGCGCGGCAGACGUACUCGAGCCCGUUCUCCUGGGGCUGCAGCGUUCUGUCUUGCCCAAGAAGGAAUCGGGGUUUCAACAGCAGAGCGGCGCGCGGUUCGAGGAGGCACUGAAAGUUCCUUUGACUCCGCGCUCUGUCAUGGCUUUGCCGCUGCCCGAGAGAAAGAAGUUUCUUUACAACAUGCUGUGCUGCUUCUGUAUCGAUUUGACUGAAGGGAUCUCUGUUCGCCAGCUGACUUCGACUCGGGAAUGCCUGUCGGUGCACUGCCGCCUGUCGCCCGACCUGAAAAUUCUACAGGUGGACAUUCGCAGUGGGAGAGUUCUCGAGUUCCCCGUUGACCAGAUUCAGGCCGUGUAUACCCUCGCGCGUCGGCAGCCAGCCGUUCAGAGGGGUGACACGGAUAAAAGGGAGGCUGUGGAGCCGCGGAAGAGAGGCACAGAGUGGGCACGGGAUUCCAGCGACGGCGGGGAGUCAUCUUCCCAGCCAGGGGGAGGGCGGCAGAGUUGCCGACGGAGCAGUGACGACAGCAGCAGGUGCGAUCAAGUUUCUGACCAAGGCUCUGAUGAAGACAGAAGCUCAGAUGAAGAUGUUUACACAGGAAUGCCAGUGCGCCGCGGAAAAGACGCAGAUAAGACUUCUGCGAUGAGCACCACAGCUGGGCCAGCUCCGCCUUCCGCACCAAGGGCUGCGGUGUUGCCACCUCUCGAUCUGCGCUUUUUGAAAGAGCACAGUGAAGCAAAGCAGUCUUCCCGCCUUCCGCCUGCCUCCAUAAUAACGCCAUCGACGCCCACCUACGUGAAAGUACCAAAGAGUAGUCGAGGGAAAUGGAUUCGGAUGGCGGACGACCUGGAGGAAAAUGUGAAGGAGGAUGAACCUCCGCAGUUCAUCGUGGUGCUCGACUUCUCAAGUAGGAAACUCGCGUUUGUCUUCGGGGAUCGAACGCAAGCUGGCACAUUCGAACUCGGCCUCGCUCUCCUUGCCAAGAAAAGCCACGAGCGUCCGCAGUCUACGCUGGCGUCCCUGGCCACCGCCGCGGAUAACUUUCCGUACACACCUCGAGCCGCUCGCGCCCUCCUCCACGCGUUGGCAGGCACAAAGGAGCGGUCUAGCGAUGCUAAUUCAACGCAGCUGUCUGGCGAGUGGAGUGCAUUCGUCAGAAGUCCCCGUGCUGUCAACGACGAUGGUGGCUGUAGACUUGGGACGCGCGUGGACAGGGGGUCAGACUCAGGAGAGACAGAUGAUUCCGGCACAUGGCUUACAGAUUCGCGGGCGGCAGCCGCCGUGGAGAUUGCUGCCGCUGCGCUCGAAGCCGCCAGGAGGACGUCGGGUGAACAGUGGAAGCCUGUCGGGGCUGGUUUACAGAAUGGGAUAGUCAAAGGAGACUCAGGAAGUGCAGAAACCGUUGACACGAAGGCGUCUUUUGACGAGAUGCCGAAGCGUGGUGGUGUGGGCAGUCUCCGACAGGACAGCACGGCCACCAGUGCGGGCGCGCAAGACGAGAAUGACGGCGGAGAUGCCGCAGGAAGCCAGGGGUACGCGGGCAUCCACAGGGAAGAGGUGAAGACUGGGGCCGAAUCUGGCAAAGGAGAAGGAAGCCCCGGAGCUCGCGAGGACCCCCGGCGCCGUGGUUCGGCCAAGAAGCCUGUGAGAGUUAUAUGCUCGCACGACUGUGAAAACGCAGUGCCACUGAAACAGGUCUGA